GAUAAUGCUGAUCUAUGUCUUAUUUCUUUUGUUUUACAGUACAACCACUUAUCGCAACUACCCACUGGCAGCGGAUGUGACGUAUUGAAAACGCGACAUAACCGGAUGCUAGAGUUAGAGAAAAGAAAGUGUAAGGAACGGCAUUACAAUGAAUACCCGAGGACUUCGUUCGCAGCUGAAAGACAGUGUCCCUGUGGCGGGUCUAUGUCCACAGGGAGCGUACGGCGUCCAGGACACCCUGCGGAGCGGAUUUACUAGUGUCAAGAAUGAGCUCCUUCCCAGUCACCCAUUGGAGCUGUCUGAAAAGAAUUUUCAGCUGAACCAGGACAAAAUGAAUUUCUCGACCCUCCGAAACAUCCAAGGGCUUCACGCGCCUCUCAAGCUGCAGAUGGAAUACAGGGCAGCCAGACAGAUCCAGCGACUGCCAUUCCUACAAAGCUCAAACCUGGCUGUGGACACGCUGCGAGGCAGUGACGACUCAAUUGGCUUUGAAGACAUCCUCAAUGAUCCAGCUCAGAGUGAAAUCAUGGGGGAGCCUCACAUGAUGGUGGAAUAUAAACUGGGACUGUUGUGAAAGAAGAGAAACAUAGAUCCGCACAUAGAUUUAAUUUUUGUCUUGAGGCAUACAUUCAUAAACAAGGUUGUGGAGAGCGUUUGAGUCGGUCAUGUUCUGUGAAAGAUGCUGAAGGGAGGAGUUUGGUGGUGAACCUGUAGAUGAUUUGGAGCUGAUUUCAGUCUGGUUGGCAAUUCUAAUAAACUUCACCUUUCUCA